AUGUCGCAAGAGCAAGUGAAAAUCACAGAGCCGCUGGCGGAUGAAGAGCACAAUUCCGCCGGCGAAAGCACGGAAAUGACCGAGCGCCAGCAAAGAGCUCAGCGGAAGGGUUUGAACGGACGUCUUGCCUUCGCCAUCGCUUCUGUGGCUUUGGGCUCCGCCUUCCAGCAUGGUUACAACACCGGCGUCGUCAACGCACCUCAAGCCCUCAUUGAAGAGUUCAUCAACGAAACGAAUGUCCGUCGGACGGGCCAAGGAUUGGAGGACUCGCAAGUGAAGAUCAUUUGGUCAUGGGCUGUUUCCAUUUUCUGCAUCGGAGGGAUGAUUGGAGGUUCCGUGACCGGCGUGAUUUCCGAACGACUUGGAAGGAAGGGAGGUAUGCUGUUGAACAACGCUUUCGCUUUCGUUGCCGCGGCUUUAUUGGGAUUCUCAAAGAUGGCCGGUUCUUACGAGAUGAUCAUUGCUGGUCGGUUCUUCAUCGGGCUGAAUUCCGGAAUCAACGCUGGCAUCGCACCGAUGUAUCUCACUGAAGUCUCACCCACUCACCUUCGUGGAGCGCUCAUUGAAGAGUUCAUCAACGAAACGAAUGUCCGUCGGACGGGCCAAGGAUUGGAGGACUCGCAAGUGAAGAUCAUUUGGUCAUGGGCUGUUUCCAUUUUCUGCAUCGGAGGGAUGAUUGGAGGUUCCGUGACCGGCGUGAUUUCCGAACGACUUGGAAGGAAGGGAGGUAUGCUGUUGAACAACGCUUUCGCUUUCGUUGCCGCGGCUUUAUUGGGAUUCUCAAAGAUGGCCGGUUCUUACGAGAUGAUCAUUGCUGGUCGGUUCUUCAUCGGGCUGAAUUCCGGAAUCAACGCUGGCAUCGCACCGAUGUAUCUCACUGAAGUCUCACCCACUCACCUUCGUGGAGCGGUCGGCACUGCAUACCAACUUGUCGUCACUAUAUCAAUCUUGGCCAGUCAAAUACUCGGGAUCCAGUCUGUUCUUGGCACAGCCGACACGUGGCCACUGCUACUGGCGUUGACAGUCGUGCCAGCUAUUUUCCAGCUCAUCACCCUGCCUUUGUGCCCCGAGUCGCCCAAGUACAUCCUCAUCGCUCAGGGCAAAGAAGUGGAAGCACAGAAGGCUUUGACUUGGCUCCGCGAAAGUGUGGAGGUCUUGGACGAGAUGGAAGAAAUCAGAAACGAGUACGAAAGCAUGAAGCUGGUUCCAACCGUUACCCUACGAGAAAUGGCGACGAACCCGUCGUUGAAGUUCCCACUGAUCAUUUCCAUGAUGAUGAUGAUUGCCCAGCAGCUGUCUGGUAUCAAUUGCGCCAUCUUCUUUUCGACCCAGAUUUUCUUGUCGGCAGGCUUGACUUUAUCGCAGUCAGAAUCUGCUACUAUCGGCAUGGGAGCAAUGAACGUUUGCAUGACGAUUUUAUCUUUGGUACUCGUGGAAAGAGCAGGAAGAAAGACACUUCUGCUGAUUGGUCUCAUCGGCAUGUUUAUCUGCACUAUCCUGCUGACUAUUUGCUUGAUCUUGAAGGAUGAGGUUCCAGCUUUGAGGUAUUGCGCCAUUCUGCUGGUCAUCGGCUUUGUGGUUAUGUUCGCCACCGGCCCGGGUUCGAUCCCAUGGUUCUUGGUCACUGAGCUGUUUGCCCAGGGUGCUCGACCAAUGGCCACUGCCAUUGCCGUCACUACCAACUGGAGCGCCAAUUUCAUUGUGGGACUCGGCUUUCUUCCUCUUGCCUCGAAAAUGGGCCCGUACGUGUUCUUAAUCUUUUCCGGUCUGCUGUUCUUCUUUUCUGCAUUCACCUACAAAUUCGUGCCCGAAACGAAAAAUAAGGGCAUUGAGGAAAUCACAGCAAUGUUCCGCCAAAGGACGUAUAACCAGUAAACUUCUUCAAAAGAAUCUUCCGUCAGGUUUCAAUCGUCAAAAGUAAGAUGGAAUUUGAAAUUCGCGAAGAAUUUUGGAAUGCUGCUGCUGCUGGUAUCUCUCCGCGUGUGUGAAUGUGUGUGCGCGCGCGUGUAGCAAGAAGGAACGACACCCUGUGGUAGAAGGUCUCAUUGGCUGGCCGAACGCUGUCCGGGUGUCUGUUUCUUUUGAAACGCGAUGUCGCUGCUUGUCGGAACGAACGCUGGGUUCUCGUUUUCAAAGGUUAAAUUUCUCAUCGGUGGAUCUGUGAGGUUUUUUUUUCUUUCGAAUUUUAGCAAAACGUGACUGCCUUCUCCCUGGUAAUUUUCAGCAAACGAUUUUCCCCCUGUGUGUGGACUUCCGAACGGGCGUAUAUUUUUAUUUUAUUGGUUUCCGUGUAUUCGUGAGUUGAAAGCGAUGAUUGCUGCUCUAUAGGUUUUCUUCUUUUUUUUGUUUUGGUGCGAGCAGUUCUCAAAACAUUGAGUGAGAUGAACGUUGGAACAAAACAAAAACCGUGUAUGGAAGGGUGCUGGUGUGCUUGAGGGCGUCGUUUUUCUUGUUCAUAGGGGUGAAAAAAAAAUUUAAAUUAUUUGAAAAAAAAAGAAAGAAUCGAACCGAGAUUGCCGCAAUCCGAUGGUGCAAAGGAAUUCAUCAAUGAUGUACAGUUCGGGCCGAAACUAUCGCCGGUGUUUCGAAACGGCUGUGAUGUAAAGAGUCUCAUAUUUUGCACCAUCGUUGCGGAGUGGAAUUAUUGCAAGUAUCACGGCGAUGAAGCAUUUUUUGAAAUAUCGUUGCCGAAAGAAGAAGAUUUAAGUUUCGUUUAGGUUUCACUGGCCUGAACGGCUAGAAGCUAUAUAUUGUUGGACGUUGAUUCUGAUCACUCCGCCGUCGCGAAAAAAAGCCAAUAAAUUUUUGCAGAGCAAUUUUAUCCUCUCGCUGGGAAGAAAGAAACAGAAAAUCCCCUGUGAUGCGAGGAAAGAAAAAGAAGAGGAAAAAUCACAAGAGAAAAAAGCGGUGGGGUGCAUCUUCGGAUUGAGUACAUUGAUCGGAAAAGAGACUGUAUGUCAUUCCGUAGAGCAAUAUCUAGCUGUCGGUGUUUCGCUUUCAGUGCCGUUGUCUUGGGGAAUCGCUCUUCGCUCUCCGUUCUGUGAAUCAAGUAAGGAUCGAGAUGAAAGAAAAGUGCGUGUUUGAUAUUGAAACGAGUAUUCGGCGAUAAAAAAUUGUUGCCUGUGGCUUGCCGGGGAGGAAAAAAAAAGGAGCAAAAAUGAAGUCUUUACGGCACAAGCGAA